AGAGAGAGAGAGGGAGAGAGAGAGCGAGAGAGGGAAAGAGGAACAUAAUUCAGAUAGCAGAUAGACCCCAUAGACUACACAGCUUCUACCAGUCAGUAGAACAGACGGAGUGACAGAGAGAGGCAGACUGACGCUAACCCAGACACAGCAACAACAGUAGCAGCCAAACCAGCACUACUGGUCUCCAAGAUGGCAGGGAUGAAGGAGCAGCAGGUGACAGAGGAGAAACCCCUGCUGCCUGAGCAGAGAGGACCUGACACAGACACGCAGCUGUGUAGAGGAGGUGGGGAGAUCAGUGUGUACACCAGCCCCCACAGCUUCGCCCCCCUCCCCUGUGCAACCCCACCCCUCCGCUGGCAUGAGAUGGCGAGGCGCUGGCUAACCCAGACUCGCAGGCGGACCAGUGGGUGCAUCCUGGACGACUGUGAGGUCCUGAUGCCUGUUGGAAACUGGAAGGAACACGACAUUGAGACUCCCUACGGGAUGCUGCAUGUGGUGAUCCGAGGGGCUCCGAGGGGAAACAAACCAGCCAUCCUCACCUACCACGACGUGGGUCUGAACCACAAGCUCUGCUUCAACUCCUUCUUCCACAAUGAAGACAUGCAGGAGAUUACCCAGCACUUUGUGGUAUGUCAUGUUGACGCUCCGGGACAGCAGAUCGGUGCUCCUCAGCUACCACAGGGGUACCAGUUCCCCACAAUGGACCAGCUGGCAGGGAUGCUGCCCAGUGUCAUCCAGCACUUUGGAUUCAAGAGCAUCGUGGGAAUUGGAGUUGGAGCUGGAGCCUACAUCCUGGCCAAGUUUGCUCUGAUCUUCCCGGACAUGGUUGAGGGUCUGGUUCUGCUCAACAUCGACCCAAAUGGGAAGGGCUGGAUUGACUGGGCGGCAUCAAAGUUGUCUGGUCUGACCAGUGCUCUGCCUGACACAGUGUUGCCUCAUCUCUUCAGCCAGGAGGAGUUGAUGAACAACACAGAGCUGGUCCAGAGCUAUAGACAACAGAUCAACAACACCAUCAACCAGUUCAAUCUUCAGCUCUUCUGGAACAUGUACAACAGUCGUCGGGACCUGGAGAUGAACCGCAGUGGGACAGUGCUCAAUGCCAAGACCCUGAGGUGCCCUGUCAUGUUGGUUGUGGGGGACAAUGCCCCAGCCGAGGAGGGAGUGGUUGAAUGCAAUUCUAAACUGGAUCCAAGCCACACUACGUUCUUGAAGAUGGCUGAUUCUGGUGGACUUCCCCAGUUAACACAGCCUGGGAAGCUGAGUGAAGCCUUCAAGUACUUCCUGCAGGGCAUGAGCUACAUUGCGUGUGUGAAGGAUGGAAGGUUGAGUGGAGGGCCAGGAGUCUGUAUUCAACCCUGCUGCCCUGUCCUCAACCCUGCUGUCCUCAACCCUGCUGUCCUCAACCCUGCUGUCCUGUCCUCAGCCCUAAUGUCCUCAACCCUGCUGUCCUCAACCCUGCUGCCCUGUCUAAAACCCAGAUUUCCAGUCUAAAACCCAGAUGUCCUCAACCUGCUGUCCUGUCUUAAACUCGGAUAUCCAGUCUAAAACCCUGCUACUAUCCUCAAACCUGCUGUCCUGUCCUCAACCCUGCUGUCCUCAACCCUGAUGUCCUCAACCCUGCUGACCUCAACCCUGCUCUCCUCAACCCUCCUGUCCUGUCCUCAACCCUGCUGUCCUGUCCUCAACCCUGCU